AUGGCACUGAACACGCAGAUCCGGGCCGCCUGCCUCCUGCUUCUCCUGGUCAGCCUGACCAGUGGCUUCGUUCUCCCGCCCCCGACAAGACAGCUUGCAGACCUCCAGACCCAGGACACAGCAAGAGCCGCAGCUGGCUUGACGCCCGUGCUCCAGAGGCUGAGACGAGACACCCACUUCCCCAUCUGCACGUUCUGCUGCGGCUGCUGUUAUAAAGCAACGUGUGGGUUAUGCUGCAGAACAUAG